AGUAGGUUAAACUCGCAUGUAUUAUUGAAAACGGAAGUUCGAAAGUGGCAUGCACAUUAACCGGAUAUCACAGUAGAGUCAUUUAUGAUCAAUAAGUAAAUAUUUGCGUUUUUCAUUGUGUAAAAUAUAAAUAAACGGUUCAACUUUUUGAACUGCGCAGCUAUAUGAUGAAAUAAGUUAAUGUUCAAACGACAUCCAAAUAGCAUAUGAACAAUGACGGAUUCUGUAAACGACAGUGUGCGCGCUCACAUGGUGUCCGGCGAUGGUCACUAUCACCCUGCGAGCCGCCGGCCUUCCAUGAUACCGGAAACCAGCAUGCCGUUGGAUAGCACCCACGCGCUACACUCAAACAUAGAUGUGCAUGCCAGGACUCUGCAUGUACCGGUAUCAGUGAGGGCGCACUACAAUAACGUCAGAGCUCAGUAUUCAGACCGUACGAGUCGACGCGAGAGCUCCAUGCAUCGCCAACAUGGGAUGAACGGGACGAGGCACGCCCGUCCAGACGGCGCACCCAACGGAAGUAGCGGGACAUAUUUCAACGAGUCCACUAGACAGCAGCCUCAUGAUAUUUAUCAUGAGCGGACGGUAUCUGAACCGGAAGUGCCGCCACGAUCCGCGCGGUCCACCUUCCGGAGUAUCCGGUCCGCCAGUUCGAGAGGUGACGAAUAUCAAUUUAAAAGCGACAGUUACGUGGUUCCCGCGCUCCCUAUGCCUAUCGCGGUCGUCUGCUGCAUCUUGAACUUCCUGGUUCCCGGAUUUGGUUCGAUAUGCGCAAGCGUGUGCGUGUUCUGCUGCGCGCGCACAGACGACAUGACUGGGAGGGAGAAGCUGGGCUCGUGCUGCACUGUGUUCGGCAUCGGUCUGCUGCAGCUACUACUGGUCGCCUGCUUUUUAAUUGGCUGGAUCUGGAGCUGCAUCUGGGGCGUCACCUUCAUCGGCAUGUCAGCCAACUACUACCACGAAGACGACGCCGACGACGAUGAUCCCGAGUACGCGAGCACCAACAACCCCGUGUACCGACGGGCUGCCGUGUCCCGCCUCCCCACCCCCCAGGUCGUGGUCGAUCAGCCCUACCCUGGAGUCAGUUACGCAGAAGCGCAGCGUCAAUAUCGGCGUAGACUAGAUGCACAGCGGAGGUCAACGUCACGUAUCAGGUUAACGUCAUCAAACCUUAUAUACCCCAUGCGCGCUCCGUCAAAUAUAGCGUAUAAUUCCCCACCACCGCCUUACCAAGCGUCUGCUACGAUACACGAGCGCGCGCCGGAUCACCAUAACAACGCAAGCAACGGAGGAAGUCGUCACCAUGGCAACGGCCGUGACCCGCACAGACACCGGCAGUCACAUGUAGACAGCAUCCAAGAAGAACGGCACCGAUGACGGAUUUCUUUGCAUAAACAUUCGGUCUUUCCAGUAUCGUCGUCUAUCACGGUUGCCGCAUCACAAACUGCGUGUGCUUUAAAAAGAGGCAUCGCCCUUAAUUUCAAGUAAAGCUGUGACGCUAUUAAGCUCACCGUGGUGCCGAUUGCUAAGAAGAGACCGCACUACUUUGCGGCACUCUGGACCAAUGAUUCCGGAGAUAAACAAUGUAUCACGAGUGUGCUUUGUGGCUUCCGGAAGCACGUGCCAAAGUGCUUCAUCACAUUAUACUCGGACAGUUAGCUGGUGUUCUUCUCAAUGACUAACAUGCCUGUGCUAUUUUUUUACGUUUUUAAGAAGAAAUCAAAUAUAUACAUAUAUAUGUAUAAUAUUUUAGAUGUGAUGUAUUGACAUUACACACAUCAUACGGGAGUUUAAUUUACGAUAAAAACUUUGAGAAAGUAUACUAGAAACAGCCAGGCACAGACCUCUAUAAUUAUUAAAGUUUAAUUAUUCUAUUCAUUGCCAUUCACUCUUCCGUAUGUUAUCUGUUUUCGGAACAUAUUGAUAUUAAAUGUCCAUAUGUUAUGACCUCAAAUUCAGUCGUAACUUGAAUUUGUCGUAAAAUCCUUUUUAAACCGGGCGCUGUUUUUCAGAGUUUCAAUACAUAAGGCUGUUAAUGCUUCUGUUAUUAACACAACUGAUCUUAAUUAAUAUUGACAUACAUGUAAUUAUAUGCGUUAUAUGUCAUGCUCAACUAACCUUCCAAGUAAUUAUAGAACAUUAUAAUUAUAAGAAUAUUUUGUUGGAAUUAAUUCUAAGAACCGGUUGGUGAAUACGGGCCCUGUCUAAGAUUUUGGGCCCUGUUUAAGAUUUUCGUUACCUCUCCGAAAUCCAAUAACCUUUUAUUACAAUAAACAGAUAAACCCUUUUUUACAAUAAUUUUUACAAUAAAUAAUUAUAUAUUGAAUAUCCUUCAUAUGCUGGCCAGUUGCAUGCUUUAGCUUGCGACCUAGACUGUUAAAAGUGCUGAGCAUUGUCCAAUGUAUG